CACGCCUCUUUUUUUUCACAAUUUUGAAUUGAAUUAGUCUCUCUCUAACAAGCUCUUCUUCAAUGGCGUCUUUCUAAGCUAAGAUUAAAACUUUAAUCAUUCUCUCUCUCUGAAUUUGAUCGUGAAGAAGAAAAUGCCGAGCCUUGCGGUGAAAGUCUAUAGCUUGUUCUACAAGUACCUCCUGAAAAAGCAAUUACAGAGCUUAGCCCUAGCCGACGCCGAUCGUUUCAUUUCCGAUCCGUUCGGAAUCACUUCCCGGCCCGGAGAGUCCGUCGCCGCCGCCAAUCCGACCUUCCAAAACGGCGUCGCGACGAAGGACAUCCACGUCGACCCCUUGUCCUCUCUCUCCCUCCGAAUUUUCCUCCCCGAGUCCGUCCUCGGCGCUAAAUCUUCGAUCAAUUCUUCUCCGGGGGGCGAUUCGGAAAACGAUGUUGUUUACAGGGGAUAUUCCCCUCCGCCGUUGGGGAAGCGGUGCCGGAAGCUGCCGGUGAUGCUGCAGUUCCACGGCGGGGGGUUUGUGAGCGGGAGCAACGUGUCGGCGGCGAACGACGCGUUUUGUAGACGAAUGGCGAAGCAUUGCGAUGCGAUCGUGGUGGCGGUGGGGUACAGAUUGGCGCCGGAGAGUCGGUUCCCGGCGGCGUUCGAGGACGCGGUUAAGGUGUUGAAUUGGCUCGGGAAGCAGGCCAAUUUGGCGUCCCUGAGGAAUGUGAGGAUUUUGGGGGUCAAUCGCCGAAUGUUCGAUAGCUUUGGGGAAUCCAUGGCUGAACCUUGGUUGGCUGCUCAUGGGGAUCCGUCUAGAUGUGUACUCCUUGGAGUGAGCUCCGGUGCAAACAUAGCGGACUAUGUAGCUCGAAAAGCCGUAAUGGCAGGGAAGCUUUUGGACCCUGUUAAAGUGGUUGCGCAAGUCCUGAUGUACCCUUUCUUCGCCGGGAACACCCCUACUAAAUCGGAGAUCAAAAUGUCAAACUCAUAUUUCUACGACAAGGCAAUGUGCUCGCUGGUGUGGAAGCUGUUUUUACCUGUGAACGAAUUCGAUCUGGACCACCCUGCGGCCAACCCCCUUCUCCCCACCACAAAGCCACCUCUGAAAGACAUGACCCCAACACUGAUGGUUGUUGCCGAACAAGACUUGAUGCGAGACCGAGCCAUCGCUUACUCAGAGGAGUUGAGGAAAGCUAAUGUGGACGCGCCUGUUCUUGAAUACAAGGACGCUGUGCAUGACUUUGCCACUCUUGAUGUGCUCCUCCACACACCACAGGCCCUGGCUUGCGCCGAGGAUAUCUGUAUAUGGAUGAAGAAGUAUAUCUCGCUCCGAGGCCAUGAGUUUUCUUACUGACUUGAUUAGAAAGGUAGAGAGAAUUUACUGGCUUUAGUAAGCAGAUUGCAGAGAUUCAGCGCUAGGAGCAACAGUUUUGUGGAUACCAGCAUCAUGUUGCUCCAGUUUUGUUGGUUGUUUAUAGAUAUAUUCCUUCAAAGAUCUUCCGUACAGAGCUGUAUAUUCUUUUUGCUGUAUAUUUAAGGAUUCAUUUUGUAUCCAAAUUCCAUUCUUUCUCAUUUUUUUUAUUUAAAUUACGUAGCAAGUUGUGUGUAAACUUUUGUAGGUGACUGCUUAUAUUUAGAAGUUGUUCUAGCAUAUGGUUAACAAUAACAUUAAAAAGACAUGUAAGCUUUU